AUGGCGCAAUUGCUUAAUAAAAAAGUGUCAAGAAGCAGACAUCAGGGUGGUGGCUGGUGGGUUGGUAGACCUCAGCCAUACUUCACAGGUCUGCCUACCAACCUGACGCUUAUCUCCGGCCAGACCGCCUACCUGACCUGCCGGGUCCACAUGCUGGGAGAACGCUCGGUAACCUGGAUGAGAGUUCGUGAUCUACACAUCCUGACGGUGGGCCUGGUAACAUACACUGCUGACGACAGAUUCCAGGUGUUGCACAGCAGUGAGACGGAUGACUGGACGUUGCAGCUGCAGUACACACAGCCCCGGGACACAGGUGCCUACAAGUGCCAAGUUAACUCUGACCCCAAGAUUGUCAGGACUGUCUACCUGACCGUCACAGACAAGCGAGUGUUGGAUCGUCAGCUGUAUGGGACACCAGCCACUCCCAGUGAGAACGGGGAGUAUGGAACAUACAUCCUGGGAGCUAGGGAGAGGUUCCUGCAGGCAGGGUCUUCCCUGUCUCUGGUGUGUGUGGUCACUCACACCCUGGCACCACCCACGGCACUACUCUGGUACCACGACCACCACGUUCUUGAUUACGACUCUCCAAGGGGUGGUAUCUCACUCCAGGUAGAGAAGACUGGGGAGCAGACGACGUCCAGACUUCUCCUGUCAUCGGUAAGGAUGUCAGACUCUGGCAACUACACCUGUCUCCCCGUCAACGCGCCCACUGCCUCUGUCUCUGUCCACGUCAACAGCGACGAGCUGCGAGCAGCCGUUCAGCAGGAAGUCUUCAACAAAGGUGUUUCAGGAAGCAGCCCUGGUUACCACCUGCUGACGCUGCUGCUGCUGCUGCUACUACUGCUGCACGCCAUGCACACAGCAGCAGCACCAUUAGCUUCAGCAGCAGGUCUGAGUAGCGGCCCCAGCAGCUUUUCCUAGCACCAGUGACUCUCCUUACCUCCCAGCACCUAAAGCUACACAAGUCAUUCAGACAGCUAACACUAACUUGUGACCGUGACGUCACUACAACACCUGGAACCUAGUGGCGUCACUACAGCACCUGGAACCUAGUGGCAUCACUACAACACCUGGAACCUAGUGGCGUCACUACAACACCUGGAACCUAGUGGCGUCACUACAACACCUGGAACCUAGUGACGUCACUACAACACCUGGAACCUAGUGACGUCACUACAACACCUGGAACCUAGUGACGUCGCUACAAUAUCUGGAACCUAGUGACGUCACUACAACACCUGUAACCUAGUGACGUCGCUACAAUAUCUGGAACCUAGUGACGUCACUACAACACCUGGAACCUAGUGACGUCACUACAACACCUGGAACCUAGUGACGUCACUACAACACCUGGGAUCUAGUGACGUCAUUACAACACCUGGGACCUAGUGACGUCACUACAACACCUGGGGCCUAGUGACGUCAUUACAACACAUGGGGCUGAGAGUGACGUCACUACAGCACCUGGGACGUAGAGUGAGGUUACUACAACACCUGGGGCUCAGAGUGACGUCACUUAACAUCUGGGCUCAGAGUGACGUCACUAUAACAACCGGCACGUAGAUUGACGUCACUACAACACCUGGGAAGCAGAGUGCCACCACUACAACACUUAGGCCAUAGAGUGACGUCACUGCAACACUUAGAACUAAAACUGACGUCACCACGACACUUGGGGCGCAGUGAUGUCACCGCAACACCUGGACGUAGAGUGACAUCAUCACAACAUCUGGGGCACAGUGACGUCACCACAACACCUGGAGCGCAGAGUGAAGUCACCGCAACACCUAGGCUACAUACAGUGACAUCAACAAUAUUUUCAACACCUGGAGGGAUGACUAA